AAGCGCGAGCCACAGAGUAGCAACAACAUCCGAAGCGUCAUUGUCCUUCCAGCGGUCCAGUAGUCACUUUAACUAAGGAACUACAGCCAUCCAACGACUGAUAAAAACAGCAGCUAUGAAGGAGCAGACACGUAUUUUCCUCUGGCUGCAACUUUUCACAGCUUGUCUGGUGUUUGGAGUGAACGGUGAUCACUGCAAGGUGAACAUGUGCAGUAAUGGUGGAACCUGUGUGACCGGGACAGGAGCUCCGUUCAUCUGCAUCUGUCCUGAUGGCUUCUCUGGAGAAACUUGCAAUGAGACGGAGACUGGGCCCUGCAACCCAAAUCCAUGCAAGAAUGAUGCCAUCUGCGAGGUGACAGGCCAAUCCCGCCGAGGUGACGUCUUCAGCGAGUACGUUUGCAAGUGCCAGCCGGGUUUCGACGGAGUCCACUGCCAGAACAGUGUCGAAGGGGCAGAUUUAAGUUCACGAAAAGAUGUGAAUGACUGUGCCGGCCAGCCAUGUGAAAAUGGUGGCACCUGCAGGGACCUGGACGGAGAUUUCAAGUGCCACUGCCCGUCCCCUUAUGUGGGUAAACAUUGCCAACUGCGCUGUAUUUCUCUGCUUGGCAUGGAGGGAGGGGGCAUCGCUGAGUCUCAGAUCUCAGUCUCAUCAGUCCGUUACAGCAUGCUGGGCUUGCAGCGCUGGGGACCCGAGCUCUCCCGCCUUCACAACAAGGGACUGGUUAACGCCUGGAGCGCCGCUGCACAUGACAAGAACCCAUGGAUAGAGAUCAACUUGCAAAGAAAGAUGCGCUUUACAGGUAUUGUGACGCAGGGUGCCAGUCGCAUGGGAACAGCUGAAUUCAUCAAGGCCUUCAAGGUGGCCUCCAGUUUGGACGGCAAGACCUACACCUUGUACAGAACAGAAGGGGAGAGAAAGGACCAUGUAUUUGUUGGAAAUGUGGACAACGACAGCACCAAGACCAACCUGUUUGACCCCCCAAUCAUUGCCCAGUACAUCCGCAUUGUUCCUGUGGUGUGUCGCAAGGCCUGCACCCUGCGCAUGGAGCUGGUGGGCUGUGAGCUCAACGUGUAUUCAAACACUUCAGGUUGUUCAGAGCCGAUGGGCAUGAAGUCCCGGUUGGUGUCUAACCGGCAGAUCACGGCCUCCAGCACCUUCCGCACCUGGGGCAUCGAAGCCUUCGCCUGGCACCCUCACUACGCCCGGCUGGACAAACAGGGCAAGACCAACGCCUGGACUGCCGCCAACAACAACCAAUCUGAGUGGUUGCAGGUGGACCUGCAGUCGCCCAAGAAGAUCACAGGAAUCAUCACACAGGGGGCCAAAGACUUUGGCUCCAUCCAGUUUAUCACAGCCUUCAAAGUGGCUCACAGUGAUGAUGGACAGUCCUGGACCAUCGUGAAGGACGAGACUACAAAGACAGACAAGAUCUUCCCAGGCAACAGCGACAACAACGUUCACAAAAAGAACAUCUUUGAGCCCCCGUUCUACGGCCGAUAUGUCCGCAUCCUGCCGUGGGAGUGGCACGAGCGCAUCACCCUGCGAAUGGAGCUUCUGGGCUGUGACGAGUAGUGCCGCCCUGGACCUGCCCAACCUCCCCUCCUUCGCCUCCUUUCUCUACCUCCUCCCCCUUCCCUCCCUCCCUUCUCUCCUCCUGAGCCACACCUGCACUGCCUUGCUCUCAGCCCUAGGGGGCAGCAAACACCAGAGAGGAGCACCACCACCUCCAACCAGGAGAUGUUACCCUUAACCUACUGUUACCAGGACCCUGAUUUGAGUUUAGCUCCGUUUUGUUCAUUUCCUUAAUAGAUAACUUGUCUUUUCCACCUGAACCAAAUCUGUGUUCAUUUCAAGAAACAACUGUAUAUCUUCUUUGUUCCUGAGCAGAGCUGGGGUCAGAUUUUAUCCCACCUACUGGAAAAAUCAGGUGGUGACUUCCUCAUUCCUGUAUCAGAGGUCAGGGGUAAUGGGACUGCUGCUGUAUCAGUUGGUGCUGCCUAGACUCUGAUCCUAGAUCAGUCCUACCUGGAACAUUGAACCCUCAAGACCCACGGCUGGUGAUGUACAUAAGCUCUUGCACACUUCAUAUUACCGAACACUUCACCUACCCCCGAGACACACGGAAUAUAUAGUAUCUUCAGAGGAUACACUGACAAUUAAGGGGGAUUAUUUUUCUUUACCAAAAAGUGAAUCUGCAAAUCUGAUCAAUAAAUUGGCUCUAAAUCUGGUUAGAAACAUGCUGGUUACUGUUUAGUUGUAAAAACUAGCAACUAACUAAGUAGUUUAAAACCAAUUUACAAGCAACUUUGCCAUAUUUUUGUCUUUGUUGAGCAAAAAUAAGAGACUGAAAAUCUCAAGGUUUCCCACGGUGUGUUCCUCAGUAUUCCUAGUAUUUCUCUGCAGUGGUUUGGGCAGUAAAAUCCUCAGCUCAUGUUUCCCACAGGGCAUUUGUUUGAACUGCUUUAGAGGGUUAACAUCCAAGGUGAAAACAUAGUAUUGACUCUUUUAAAACAUUUACGUGUAGCAGCCAAUAACAGAAGAGCAAUCAUCCCACUAUUUACACAAAUUCUAACAUGUUCGCGAAAAAAUACAUUCAAACUUUUACCAAGCUCCAUCCAUGAAGAAGGCAGAAAAAUAAUUGUGCAGGAUUCUCUGUUGAAAAUAAACUGAAAACAUAUAUCAACAAGAUUUAAACCGUAAGACCUUAAAUCUUUGUCAGAACGAAAUAAUACUCAAACAUGUUAAAUCUCUGUCUUUGUGGGACAUAAUCACUCCGUGUACCACCACAGUCCAUCACUUCAGCAGCCAAACAGAUGUGAUCUCAAAGGCAGAGGAGACACCAUCACUGCUUUUAUAAACAAAGGAGAGUUUGAGAUCAUUGUUCAGUGAAAGAGAAGACAUACUUUAAUGCUCCUGAGAAAAUUAAUAAUAGCCGUCGACUGAGAAUUACACGUAUUGUGACAUGUUUAGCCAAAAAAAGACAUCUUCCUCAAGAACUCUUGAAGAACUUUUGAAGUCUUACAUUAUUCACUCAGAAAAUGAUUUGGCAGUAAUUUUUUAGUUGCUUGCUUACAAUUUUUUUGUACUUUUUUUUCAUGUGACUGUUACAUAUGUUAUUCCAGUAUUCCUAUGUUAUUGGCUGCUACAGCAGAUGUUUAUCAAGUUUGGUUUAUUAUGGUCAAUUAUGGUCAUUUUAUAGUCUCGUCUUUAACAGGUUGAAGUAGAAUGAUUCGGGAAAGAAGCACGUGUAGAGAUUUCUCUCACUGUGAUUCUCAGAACCACUUCAGAUCUGGACACCUUUUUAUUCUAGACAGGACUCUUGGAACGAUAGACAGAAAUCAGUGUAUUAAACAUCACAAUAGUGUUUUGCUGCGAUGACAAUAUCAUUAAUUCAUAAUAAUAAUAAUAAUCAUUAAUAAAUCAUUAAUUAUUCAAGAAUUGCAUUUAUUACUAAUUGGUUAGCAUAAACAAAGAUUAACAGUAGUGUAGAGGCUGCAAGUUAGAAAUUUGUGAUGGAUGUUAUCAUCUCAGGUCCUAAUGUACAGGAAAUGCUACUGAAACUACUAAUUCACUCACUCACUCAGCUGUGCUUCUAGUUGUGUUCACACAGUUUCUCUUUUUGUACUUUGAUGUUUGUGUUUUGAUAUUUGAAAAAUCAAAAAAACAUACAAAAAAAAAAAACAAGAAUAAAAACCCAGUAUGGUGUGUUGAAGAACAAAUGGUAAAAAUAUUCAUAACUACAUGCAGAAGUAAAAAAAGAAAAAGACAAUAUACCCGCAGUUCAGUUCCUUUGUUGGAUUAAACUAAUCUUUGAAAGUCUGGGGUCCCUUUUGAUUAUUUAGUGUUAAAAUGUGACAUGAAGUACUUUUGUACUGAGAUCUGAGAUAUUAGUAGAUGUUAAUGUUUGCUGCAGACUAUCUAUUUUGGGUCCAACAUUAUGCCUCCAAUUCAAAGCUGAGGCCUCGCUGAUAAGACUGUAAGAGAGGAACCAAAUUAAAACAGAUUUUUACGGUGCACAUGUGACACGACCCACCAUAUCAUCAGCUUCUGCCGCCCCCGUCACAGUAUUCUAAACCUUUCCACCCCAUGAAUUAUGAAUUAUGGGCUUGUGCAAUAUUAUACUGUGUUAGUUUUGAUAACAAUGAAUAUUAAUUCAAGAUCCUUUAAAAAUGCAUGAGGGGACAGCAGUGCCAUUGAGAGGUUGAGGAUGGAUGUUGGUGUCAAACACUGUACAAUAUUUAUUAUUGUAGCAGACGAUUCCAUAAAACAGUCACGCUUGUUAUCCACGUCUGCAUGCAUUUUAUUGACUCGUGUUACUCAGUGUAAAUUCAACCAAUUUGAAUUUAUUGGUGACAUAGUUUGAUUUUUUUUUUUUUUUUUUUUUCUCUAGCUGUUCAUCAACAUUCAAAGUGAUAUAGAUAUAUUGUUCCCCCGCUGUUCAGGUUUUCUAUGGUUGAUCAAAACAAUUGAUGACAUUGAUGUGUUUUUAUGGUAUUAUGAGUUAAUUUCUUGCUAUACUGAUGUUGACCUCCAUAGAAUUUAAACUAGAUUUGAAGUUGUUGGUUUUUUUAUUCCAGUAUUGUGUUUCUAAGAGGAUUCCUUUAUGUUUGGCCUUUGUAUCUUAAAAUGAAGAAUAAAUAAUUUAAAAAACAGA